CCUACACAAACAUUCCGAACAUAACUGACGACCACAAAAACUGAACACAGUCAACUUUACGAGAGAACGAUAGUAUGAUAGAUAUCUCUGCCACCAUGUCAACGCCACUAUCACCUCGUAUCACAGACAAUGGCCUACAAAAGCAUUGUGCAAGCUUACACGCGGCGGAUUCUUUACCACCUUCCAAGAAGCGACGACUCUCGGAUGAAGAACCAUUCGAGGCUUUAAGUCCUGUUGACGUUGCUCGUAGUAUGCUCUCCAAUGUAAAACAAGGUUUGCGAACAAAGCCAUCUUAUAGUAUCAGUGAUACCGAUCUCGAUGGCUACACCAUGGAAAAAGUCACUGCGAUACGUAACAAGGAUGUUGCCAAGCUACGGAGUAUGCUCACAGACGACGCGGCGUCCUUCAAAGCAUGCAAUCGAAAUGGUGAAACACUUCUGCAUUUGGCUUGCCGACGUGGAGGAGUGGACGUAGUCAAGUUUCUCAUCGACGAGGCCAGCGUUUCGCCGAACGUUGUCGAUGGUCUAGGCCGCUCAGUUCUGCACGAUGUUUGCUGGAAGAGCACCGCAGAUGUGGUACUCAUGAAAACUUUAAUCAGCAGGAUUUCGCCCGAACUCCUGGUCGCGGAAGACAUUCGGGGGCACACUCCUUUUGACUACGCCCGGCGCGAGCAUUGGGCCGAAUGGAACGUGUUUUUGGCAGAAUCCAAAGACUGCAUUCGCUCCAGGCUAGAGCCAGACAGCGAUGCCCUUUACAUGAUUGCGUAAAAAGUGCAUCAUUUCGCAUGUUUACCUUCACAUUUUUGACAAGGCUGUAC